CGUGGCAUUGUGGGAGAUGUAGUCCAUCCUGCCUUCCUUUCUGUUGCUAAACAGGAAAUUCCCGGGACGUCUGGUGUUUCCCGGGAUGCUUUGCGGAAGCAUGGCGGGCAAGAUGUGAAUGUCAGUAGGAAGGUAAAUAGGGCGUUUUAAUUCAAGGGAAAAAAAAAGUGUACCUAACCUCUCUUGUAGAUUAUUGAUCCUGACAUCCGCCUAACACAUUGUGUAAUGUGUUUCAUGUGUUGUCCGUCUGAGUGUGUGGAUUACGGACCUUAGAAGUUGCAGUCCCGAAGCCACAGUUUUUGAACAUGAUUUGUGCUUUUCUACGAGUUGUACAGCAUGCGGAGAAGCUGCACGGAUCCUUGGGCAGGCAGUUAUUGCCACACUUUGUGCUCACCAAAGCUUGCUUAAAAACUCAGCCUUUGAGAUGGGGGCUGCGAGAGCAGAAGAAAACAGUGCAACCUAGAACUGUCCUUGGGUUCACCCAGAAAACUUUCUGUACACAAGGACCGGACCCCCGGAAAGCAGAGGAGGAUAAUAGCAAGCAAGUGUCUAUUGGCAGAAAUCAAAGAGAGGACACCGGCGUCUCAGCGUCUCAAAAAGUGAAAGAAGCUGGGAGAGACGUCACCUACUUGGUAGUGGUGCUCGUUGGAGUCAGCAUUACAGGCGGGUUGUUAUACACGAUCUUCAAAGAGCUGUUUUCCUCAUCCAGUCCUAAUAUCAUUUAUGGGAACGCCUUAGGCAAAUGCAGAUCACACCCCGAGGUGAUUGGCGUAUUUGGUGAGCCUGUGAAAGGCUUCGGGGAAACGUCGAGACGUGGGCGGAGACAGCAUGUCAGUUUUAUUGAAUAUGCAAACAAGGGGCUAAAGCGCAUCCGUGUGAAAUUCUACAUUGAGGGCUCUGAACCAGGGAAGCAAGGAACGGUCCAUGCAGAAGUGGAAGAGAACCCAGGAAAUGGCCAGUUUGAAUUUCGAUACAUAUUUGUGGAAGUGACUCCUACAAGAUAUAUUAUUGUUGAAGAUAACCGUUCCCAACAAAAUUAAAAGCCUCAAGCCAGUGUACUGCUUCCUGCCGAGAAUGAAGAGAACUGGUCUCACUGUGAUCCUCAGCUCUUUCAGAACAAAGUACAUUACACAGAAAGGAAGUACACUGUCAGUGUUUGAACAGGUCCUUGUGAAAAAUCAUGAAAUGUAAAUUCUGCAUUAUCAUAUCAUGACAGCAUUUCAGCUCGACAUGAUAAACUAAAUUACUAAAAUUUAUACACCACAUAAGUAAAAACUUGAGUAUUUUAUGCUGUUUAAUAUUGUGUGGCUUUUAUAUAAUCUACAAAAUAAAGAUAAAAAAUAACAAAAAGA